AUGGAGAGAAUGACAUCCCCGUUUCUUCGCAUCACAUGCUUACUCGCUUUGUUGAAUCCCGGCGUCAAUGCUGACAACUAUACAUUUGGUUUACUUCUAACAGAAGUACCUUACGCACCGUUUAAUGUGUAUAAAAUUGGCGCAGCAGCAAACGUGGCACUAAAACACAUCCAUAAUAACCCAGACAUUCUUCCCAAUGACACGCUAGACUUUAUUUAUUACAACAGCGGCUUUGAUGGCAGGCUCUCUCUGGAAAGAGUAGUAACUCUCAUCCGUGAUGACCACGUUGCAGGUAUAAUAGGACCUGAUUUCUCGGCGGCAUCAAUGGCUGCAGGAUUGUUGGCGUCUCAGUGGAACGUUCCCAUGGUUGGACAUGUGUCGUCCGCAUCGGAAUUAUCGUCUAAAGCUUUGUAUGAUACAUACGGUCGUACGUCAUCGCCGUAUUCUAAAACCGCCUGGGCAGUCAUCACAACCAUAGAAGCGUUUGAAUGGAAGCACAUUGGUAUUUUUAGUGCUAGUUAUAUGACGUAUAUUGCGGAUGCCAUAGAGUUAGAACUAACAACAACAAAUAUCACUAUAGAAACUACUUCCUUCAAUCGAAUGGAUGUUUCUCUAUAUGAAAAAGAGCUGGAUGAUAUGUUAAGAAAAGCAAGGAUCAUUAUCUUAUUAGUGAAUGCUGCAAAAGUACGUGAACUUAUGUUACUUGCCUACGACAAAGGAUAUUUAAUCAGUGGAGAGUAUGUAUUCAUCGUUGUCGAGCGAUUGACGAUGAGUGCUUAUGAGGGUACGGCAUGGCUGACUGGCGUAGAAACUCGCAGAGAUGAUCUAGCGAGGGCCUUAAAAUCUCUUCUUGUGCUUGAAAUGGUUAAUACCGAUGAGACUGUAUUCAAUACAUUUGCCAAGGAAGUGAUGGCAAGUUUCUUGGAACCGCCAUGGUAUAUGAACAUAACAGAUGUUUCUGGGGUUAAUUCAAUAUCUACAUAUUUGUAUGACGCUACUCUUCUUUAUGCAUAUACACUACAUCGAGUACGCAUCAAUGGAGGUGAUCCUUACGAUGGGAGAAAUUUCUUCAAAGAAAUGCAACAAGUUGACUUCCAAGGCCUCACUGGUCGUAUCACAAUAGACGAAAAUGGUGAUCGAAAUCAAGAUUUCUGGCUUCUCAAUUUCGAUGCUAUCAAUGGUAUCUUUAUCAAGGCUGGUUUGUAUGAUAGUGCCACAAGUACGCUUCGGCUGUUUUCUGGUACAAAGAUAGCUUGGCCUUCUGGGAAAGAUGAGCCUCCACUGUCGGUACCUAUAUGUGGUUUCCAAAGGGAAUUUUGCAUAGAACCGGAGAAAGAUUCGACGUUUCUCCUGUUGGCCAUUGUUGCUUCUCUAGUUCUAGCGUUCGUGGCUUCUAUCAUAGCAUUCGUCGUGUAUCGGAGACAGCAGUUCGAAACUGCACUCCUGGAAACGGUGUGGAAAAUAAACUACAGUGACAUUGCAACGCAGAAACAUUUUAAGUCAUUCCAUGGCAGUUAUCUCAGUGAAAGCAGGACCGGAAUAAACUCAAGGAGUGUUCUCUCAAUGGAUAGAUUUCAUGACAACUCCCAGCAGCAAAUAUUCGCUAUGAUUGGAAUAUAUCAGACGCGUGACAUCCGUCAUGACAAUCUUAAUCAGUUUAUUGGGGUUUGUAUUGAUCUUCCGAACAUCUGUAUCGUGGAACAGUACUGUCAGAAGGGAAGUCUGCAGGAUGUUCUUGAAAAUGAUGAAAUCACCUUGGAUUGGUUGUUUAAAAUGUCCUUUGCAAAUGAUAUAGCUGCGGGUGUUCAAUUCCUUCAUAAAAGUCCAUUGACUGUACAUGGUAAUUUAAAAUCGUCGAAUUGUUUAUUAGAUGGACGUUGGGUUGUAAAAUUAACAGACUUUGGUCUUUGGGAAUUUAAAAAUUAUAAAAGAUAUCGAUUAGAAGUGAGUGAAGAAGCUGCAUAUCAAGGAUUGUUAUGGACUGCUCCUGAACAUCUGCCAGACACAGAUAUUGUCAAUUCAACUGUAACAAUGUCGCAAAAGGGUGAUAUUUAUAGUAUUGGCAUUAUCUUACACGAGAUAGUGUACAGAGAUGGGGUAUAUGGUAACACUGCUUUGUCACCACGAGAAAUUAUUGAAAGGGUGAAGAACAUUAAAACAUCUACAGUAUAUCGCCCUGGGUUUGUGAGUGAUUCCUGUCCACAAGAAAUGACUAAUUUGAUACAGCGAUGUUGGCAUCCUGUGCCGGAAAAGAGAUGUGAUGUCUCAUAUAUAAGACAGAUCUUACGUAAUAUUAAUCCGAACAAAAGUGUAAAUAUAAUGGACAACAUGGUUACCAUGAUGGAGAAAUAUGCACACAACUUGGAAGAAAUAGUCGCUGACCGAACUUCUCAAUUAACGGAGGAAAAAAAGAGAACGGAACAACUAUUAUAUCGCAUGUUGCCACGAUCAGUGGCAGAGAAACUAAAGAAUGGCAACCCAGUAGAAGCAGAGACAUUUGAUUCUGUUACUAUAUUCUUUUCUGAUAUUGUAGGUUUCACUGCAAUAUCCGCGUCCAGUGAUCCAAUGCAGGUAGUUCAACUAUUGAAUUCGUUAUACUCCCUGUUCGAUGGAAUUAUCGAAAGUUGUGACGUUUACAAGGUAGAAACUAUUGGCGACGCAUACAUGGUGGUCAGUGGAUUACCGAUACGUAAUGGGAAUAAACACGCUGGUGAAAUAGCAACUAUGGCAUUGGCGUUAUUAAGUUCCAUUCAGUCCUUCAAAAUUCCACACAUGCCGAAUGAAAAAUUAAAACUACGGAUAGGUAUACAUACAGGUCCUUGUGUGGCUGGUGUAGUCGGGUUAGCGAUGCCUCGGUACUGCUUGUUUGGUGAUACGGUCAAUACUGCGUCUAGAUUCGAGUCAAACGGUGAAGCUCUCCGUAUCCACGUCAGUGAAGAGGUAGUAAAAGCUCUAAGUGUACAUGGUGGAUAUGUAUGUAAACAAAGGGGCGAGGUUCAUAUGAAGGGUAAAGGCAUUCUGAUGACAUAUUGGUUGACCAGAAAGAAAACCUAG